AUGCAUGUCCCACCUACAUCAGAUAGUCCUAAUUUCAAUGCUGAUCUUGAAUACUUGUUUAGUGGAGAUCAAAAUGGAGAUGUUUUAAAUUCAUCUUCUCCGGGAGUGUGUGGACUUUGCAAUCUUGGAAAUACAUGUUUUAUGAAUUCCGGUUUGCAAUGUUUGCUUAACACUCCGACAAUGGUUCAGUUUUUUAUGAAGCAAGUAUCAGAAGAUACUGCCAAUCCAGAUUCUUUGGCCACUCAUUUCAUGAAUUUAUUUCAAAAAGUUUGGAGUGGUAAAUACAGUAAAGUAAAACCAACUGAUUUCCAUCAAGCCUUGGGUAGUCAUCAUUCGCAGUUUAAGGAUUAUAGACAACAUGAUUGCCAGGAAUUUUUAGCAUUAGUCUUAGGUAGUCUUCACGAGCUUCUUAACACGGCUAGCAGUGCGACCAGCAUGAACAGUCCGAUAAAUAUGGAUGAUGAUUUAGAAGCGGAUAAACAGUGGGAAAAGCAUUUGGGACACAAUCAAAGCGUUAUUGUUGAUUCUUUUCAGGGUCAAUUUAAAAGCACGGUUGUUUGUUCCGAGUGCAGAUACGUAUCGUCUACGUAUGAGCCUUUCAUGUAUUUGUCCGUACCGUUACCUCACGCGAUGGAACAACAAAUAUGUGUGACGUUUGUUCCCGCCAAUUCUAAUCCUCCCACAAAAUUUUUACUCACCCUUAAUAAACAGGACAAAAUAAUUAAAAUAAAAGAACAUUUGAGAAAGUUGAUGAAAGUUAAUGUUACCAUGUCGCUCGAAUUAGCCGAAGUUUUACAUCAUCAUAUUGCUAGAAUUUUAGAUGAAAAUUUGUACAUUCGUUAUUUAGGAACGUCUGAUCCAUAUAGGAGUAUUUAUGCGUUUGAAAUACCUGAUGAUGUUAAUGCAACAGUGUCUUCUUCGUUGUCUAAAGGCGACUCUGCGAGUUUGCACAGGAGCGAACCUUUAGAUUUAACUCCCGAACAGUAUCCCGUUUCUCACGCUCUAGAACUCGGUAGUAAGACUGUGAAACUAAACAAUGUCGAAACUCGGAAAAUGAUAAAGCAAAGUGAAUCCGAUACGACGAAAUCAAAUAUAUCUAGUACAAUUAAUAACAAUUUAAAAGAGGAAUCCGAUUUGUUGUCGUCCAACGGUCGAACUUCAAUCGAAUCCUCGCCCUUUAUCGGCCCAGUUUUCUACGGGCCUCAUUUGGAAGAUCAGGGAGGAGGGGACGCGUGGGUAACGGAAAAAUGUCGUCCGGUGGAUUUGACUUCGUCGGAUAAAGACGAUUGGAAAAGUUGCGCUAUUUGUUUGGAAGAAGUCGAAAAGGGAUUGAAAAAUCACAAAGGAUGUUCCUGUUUUUUAUGUGAUAGUUGCAUCGAGCGAUCUGUUAAACAUUACAACGAGGGAGAAGAAAAUGGACUCAUGAAAUGUCCCGUUUGCAAUGAUUUAGUCGAUCCCGAAAAAGCUUUCGAACUCGUCGACGGAAAUGUGGAUUUUAAAAGUUCCGUUAGGAUGCUCAAAAUUCCCGUUUUGUUCCGUUUGGAUAUCGAAGGAGACGGCGGGAGUAGUAGUAGUGAGAAAUGUCAAAAAUUAUUCGGACAUCCUCAUUUAAUCAAAGUGCCCAACAGGCUCAAAGGGUCUGAAUUAUAUGAAAUCGUUGGAAAAUUAAUUCCCUAUAGUAAUUUUUAUUCCAUUGCAUUCGUCGAUGGACAGGGUUAUCAUUGUUCUCGUUGUAUGUACACUGCUCGUUGCAAAGGUUGUAAAGUAUCCGAAGAUGCGGAGAUCAACCUUCAGACCGGAGACAAUUUGGCUGUUUUAUUCACUAGUUUAGUAGUUGAAAUCCCAGCUAUAGAACAUCAUAGUCUCAAAGAAUUUAGAAGUCAAGAACAAUUAUCAAUAUACGAUUGUUUGGAUGCUUUUAGCGAAAGUGAAACUCUAGAUGAACACAAUCCUUGGUAUUGUCCAACGUGCCAAAGAAAUCAAUGCGCAACAAAAACGCUUUCCGUUUGGAGGUAUCCGGAUUUUUUAAUUGUUUAUCUUAAAAGAUUUGUUUUUCACGAAUACACGAGCGUGAAAUUAGACGAUAAAGUUUCUUUUCCAUUGACGGGUUUAAAUUUGGUACCGCCUUCUCGAAUACAACAGGGAACAAUCAGACCGUAUAAUUUGUACGCAUGCGUCAAUCAUUUCGGAGGGGCAUCUGCCGGUCACUACACUGCCUACGCCAAAAAUCCACAAUCGGGUGAUUGGCAUUUGUUCAACGACGAAACGGUAACAGCACAAAAACCUCAGGAAGAUGAUUUUUGCAACGCUUACGUUUUAUUCUAUCAAAAACAAGGAACGACUUUAUCGAAUUUAUCCGCUUUCGUGCGAGAAAAAUGUUAUUUAAUGGCACCUCAAACGUUGCAAAUCCUUUCGUCGUUAAAAAUACACUCGAGCGAAGUUAAAAUACAAAAAAUAAAUUCUCUGCUAAGGAAGUAUUUUCUACGAUUGAGAUCAAGAGAUCCUAGCAUCCAAUAUUCUAGUUAUUAUCGUGUAUGA